AUGGAUUCAAAAAAGUUUCAUAUUCAAGAAAAUUCCGAUCCUAACCCUUCUUCAACUGAUGUUUAUCAUCUUGCUUUGGAUAUUGGAGGAUCUCUUUGUAAACUAGUAUACUUCACAAAAGACGAUGAUCAUUUUGUGGACGGUGAGGCAGAGAUAUCUUCUAGAAGUGCUUCAGAGAAAUCCAAAGGCAAUAGGAACCAUCCUGUUCUUAAAGGAAGGCUCAAUUUCAAGAAGUUCGAAACAAGCAAGAUAAAUGAUUGUAUAGAUUUUAUCAAAACCAUGAAACUUCAUCUUGGAGGUGUUCAGCAGCAAGAAAAUCCUGGAAAUCAGCCAAUAUCUAUCAAGGCCACAGGUGGUGGACCAUACAAAUAUGCAGACUUAUUCAAGGAAAGACUAGGGAUAACUCUUGACAAGGAAGAUGAAAUGGAUUGUCUUGUCGCAGGAGCAAAUUUUCUUCUCGAGGUAGUUGACCGAGAAGCCUUUACCUAUAUGGGUGAUCAAAGACAAUUUAUGCAGAUUGAUCAAAAUGACCUGUAUCCCUAUCUGCUCGUUAAUAUCGGUUCUGGUGUUGGCAUGAUAAAGGUAGAAGGAGAUGGAAAGUUUGAGCGAGUCAGUGGAACGAGUAUAGGUGGAGGCACUUUCUGGGGUUUAGGAAAGCUUUUAACUAAGUGCAAGAGUUUUGACGAGUUACUGGAAUUGAGUUAUCAGGGCAACAACAGAGCGGUAGAUAUGCUCGUCGGAGAUAUUUAUGGUGGAAUGGACUAUUCAAAGAUUGGUCUUUCAUCAACAGCAAUAGCCUCUAGUUUUGGAAAGGCAAUGUCUGAUAAUAAGGACCGUGAAGAUUACAAACCCGAAGAUAUUGCUCGUUCUCUUCUAAGAAUGAUCUCAAAUAAUAUUGGACAGAUCUCGUACUUAAAUGCCCUUCGAUUUGGGCUGAAGAGGAUUUUCUUUGGUGGAUUUUUUAUUCGGAGGCAUCCUUUUACAAUGGAUACACUAUCUGUUGCUGUUAAUUUCUGGUCUAAAGGUGAAGCGAAAGCAAUGUUCUUACGGCAUGAAGGAUUUCUCGGAGCAGUAGGGGCAUUCAUGAGUUCUGAUAAACAUGGCCUCAAGGAGUUAUUGGUCAAACAAAAUACCCAACAAAGUCCCACCAAGUUAUCCUUUGCUGUUAAUAAAUUGCAAGGUCCACUCGACGGAGAGUUAAACGGAGAUGAAAGUAUAGAGUGUAGUGUCUAUGCAGCUUAG